CCUUGACCAGACCGACAACUGCGUUGACCAAUAGGAAUCAGGGAAAAUUCGGUUACGUAAUCAUAAUACAAUGAGAAAGCCCAAUCGCGCGGCACGAGGCGGGCCGUCGGAGCACGUUUUGAUGUGUGCGUGCGCGUGUUCGCGACCCAUCAACUGAAGGCCCUCAUGUGACCGCGGAGGAACGCCGCUGAUUGGCCACACGGAGUGGAGGGCGUGCCGACGGUGGCGGCGUGCGUUUGCCUAUGUGACACAAUUACAACAACUUUGAGCCGCUGGUUGGGGGGAAGUUUGCGAGCUUAUCAAACAACUUUCUCACUUCUGGCCCCACAUUACGCCAACUCCAUGCAUAAACCGGGACUGGAAUACGCGCACUGUUUUGACGUACAAUGAAGAGCGCGGAGGGGAACUUGAAAGGAUCGCUUCCUUGAGGAUUUGGCAAGAAUCACGCUACGCCCCGUUUUAACCCUGGAUAGGUGUGCGACGGUCCCGCUGCUGCCGAGUUCCGCCGGAGUCGCCCGGUCCCACUCCCCCUCUCGGUCUCUCGCCAUGAAAUCGUGCGGACUGUCGCUCACGGCCGCUGCCCGGAGCCUCGGCGUUGCUGCUAAUGACGAGGAGAAAAUGGCGUCGGGAAAAGCGACUGAAAUCGAAGAGGACUUUCCGAAGCUAACAGCACAGGAAAAGGAGAGCCUGGUCGGAAUUGACAGUUCACUGUUUGGAUUUCAUGGGCUUCAAGAAGAUGGCGCCAGAACGAAGGCCUUGCUGUUAAAGGCUGUGAGCUGCUACGAUGGCCUCAUCCUGAAAGCAGAGGGCAAGGUGGACCCUGACGUCUUCUGCCAGCUCGGCCACUUCAACCUCCUGCUGGAGGAAUAUUCAAAAGCAUUAUCUGCAUACCAGAGGUACUUCAGUUUACAGUCGGACUACUGGAAGAAUGCUGCCUUUUUAUAUGGCCUUGGAAUGGUUUACUUCCAUUACAACGCAUUUCAGUGGGCAAUUAAGGCGUUCCAAGAGGUGCUUUACAUCGACCCAACGUUUUCCCGAGCGAAAGAAAUUCAUCUGAGACUGGGGCUCAUGUUCAAAGUCAACACAGACUACGAGUCCAGCUUAAAGCAUUUCCAGCUGGCAUUGAUCGACUCUAAUCUCUGCACCUUGUCCAAAGCUGAAAUUCAGUUUCACAUCGCCCAUUUGUAUGAAAUCCAGAAGAAACACAGAGCGGCGAAAGACGCGUAUGAGAGUCUGCUGCAGAUGGAAAACCUUCCUGCUCAGGUGAAGGCCACCACGCUGCAGCAGCUGGGCUGGAUGCAUCACACCGUGGAGCAGCUGAGGGAGAAGGACUCCAAGGGCUGCUACGCCAUCCAGUGUCUGCAGAAGUCUUUAGAAGCAGACCCCAACUCCGGCCAGUCCUGGUACCUUCUCGGCAGGUGCUACUCCAGUAUCGGGAAGGUGCAGGACGCCUUCAUCUCCUACCGCCAGUCCAUUGAUAAGUCUGAGGCCAGCGCUGACACCUGGUGCUCCAUAGGUGUACUGUACCAGCAGCAGAACCAGCCCAUGGACGCCCUGCAGGCCUACAUCUGUGCCGUCCAGCUGGACCACAGCCACGCCGCCGCCUGGAUGGACCUGGGCACGCUGUACGAGUCCUGUGGCCAGCUGCAAGACGCCAUGAAGUGCUACAUCAACGCCACGCGCAGCAAAGCGUGCCUCAACACCGCCGCCCUCGCGCAACGCAUCAAACUGCUGCAGGCUCAGUUGUGUAACCUUCACCCAAGUAGUCUACAGAAUAAGAGUAAAAUGCUUCCUUGUAUUGAGGAGGCGUGGAGCCUUCCCAUUCCUGCCGAGCUCACGUCCAGGCAGGGGGCCUUGAACACAGCACAGGCGCAGCAGGCUUGUAAAGGGGAGGGAGGCCCGUCCACCAGCAGCCACACCGACCCGCUGGCCAGUCCUGCUAAAAAGAAACGCACCGCCAGCCAGGUCAAGGGUGCCGCCGACUCGUUGGCAAACGGAUCCAAUCAGCAGCAGGUCCCCGGCUGGUAUCUGACGCCACAGAAGAUCCAGCUGUUGGAUCAUUUACGGAGCAACCGGGCCAGCCUCACGCCCCCCCGGCAGCACAUGCUGGAGCAGCUGGAGAACCAGUUCUCCCUCAUGCAGCAGCAUCAGCAGCAGAUGAGGCAGCAGGCUGCAGCAGCAGCAGGCGGCCAGCCGCGGUCCGGCCUCCCCAACGGCCCAUCAGCGGACCCCCCUCACAACCCGGGACUCUCCCACUCCUCUCCUAUCAAUCACGCAGCCGGUCGACCCCCCCUCACCCCCCAGCCCACAGCCAACGGAUCCUGUUCAAGUCCUUCGGCGGGUCUGCCAGGACACCUGGACCUUAAAAACGCCAGGGCGGGGCUGGGCAGCGGUGGUGGCGCGAGCAACGGAAACGUGCCUUACCCGCAGCAGAACUCUCUACCUCACACCUGCACCGCCACCAGUCAGCCCAGCACCACCAGCAGCAGCACUAACACCAGUCCCAGUCACGCAGACGAGACCUGGAGGAGCCAACCACGCAACACUACCACUCAGGGGCUUCUAAAAGGUCCAGGUUCCCAUCCGGCAGGUCCUGAUGGAGAACCCUCUUUCUCCUCCUCUUCCUCCCCGUCUCAGACCUCCUUCUCCUCCUCCGGCAUUCUGAAUCAGGUUGGACUCUGCUCCGGGCCCUGCACUGCCUCCUCCUCAGCCUCCUCCCUGUCCCCCACCUCCCCCCAGACCACGCCCAACCACUUGUCUUCGCCUCCCCACUCCGCUACUACCUCAGGGGUACACACCAAAGAUGCGACGGCGGCACCUUCCGGGGGCAAAACCGGCAGCACCGUCCCCGCUGCCGUUCCGAUGCCAGGUCCCGAGGCGGCCGGCGGGCAUCAUGGAGGAGCGCCCCGCAGCCCUGGCUCCGCCUCCCGGCAAGGACUGACUAAUCACGUCCAGCCGCGGGUGCAGGAGCGCUCCGCCAGCCCGCCGCAGCCCGCAUCCCCGGCCGCUGGUGCAACGCUCACUUCAGACAAUCCUCAACUCUCAGCCUUUGUAAAGGGAAAAGCCAACGCUACCAGUAACCACGACGAUGGUAACCACGGAGGGUCUUCCUCAGAGAAAAUAAACCACGUCCUCCCAGCUCUCCACGCCAAGCCGGAGCACUCGGCGGCUUCCUCCCCGCUGUCGGUCGCCCCGACACCCUCGCCGUGCUCGGUGGACCCCCACACCGUCGGCGGCCCCUCCUGCCUCAACAGCCCAUCCAACAGCCAGGGGCCCACGCUCAACGGGAAGAGCCCAGAGGACUCCCGGAGCCCGCAGAGAAAGACGCUGCCUGCUGGGCUGGCUCCAUGGUCGUCGGUCUCCAUCUACCCCAGCUCCAGUGAUGUGCUGAAAGCCUGCAGGAACCUGGGGAAGAACGGCCUGUCGACCAGCAGCAUCCUCCUGGACCGUUGCCCCCCGCCGCGCCCGCCCGGCCCACCCUCACCCCCACUGCCAAAGGACAAGCUCAACCCGCCGACGCCCAGUAUUUACCUGGAGAACAAGAGGGACGCUUUCUUCCCCCCCCUCCACCAGUUCUGCACCAACCCUGCCAACCCAGUAACCGUCAUCAGGGGCCUGGCUGGGGCCCUCAAGCUGGACCUGGGCCUGUUCUCCACAAAGACGCUGGUGGAGGCCAACCCCGAGCACCUGGUGGAGGUGCGGACCCAGCUGGCUCAGCCCACCGACGAGAACUGGGACCCGAGCGGGAGCAGGAAGAUGUGGCGCUGCGAGAGCAGCCGCUCCCACACCACCAUCCUGAAGUACGCCCAGUACCAGGCCUCGUCCUUCCAGGAGUCGCUGCGGGAGGAGAACGAGAAGAAGAAAGAGGUGGAAGCAGAGGCAGCUUCCUCAGACAGUGGGAUCCGGCGAAGGAAAGGCCCUCUAAAGCACAUAAAGUUUGGCACCAACAUCGACCUCUCUGACGACAAAAAGUGGAAGCAGCAGCUGCAGGAGCUGACCAAGCUGCCGGCCUUCGCCAGGGUGGUGUCAGCCGGAAACCUGCUGAGCCAUGUGGGCCACACCAUCCUGGGCAUGAACACCGUCCAGCUGUACAUGAAGGUGCCAGGGAGCCGGACUCCAGGUCACCAAGAGAACAACAACUUCUGCUCGGUCAACAUCAACAUUGGUCCUGGCGACUGUGAGUGGUUCGCUGUGCCCGAGUCCUACUGGGGCGUCAUCAAUGACUUCUGUGAAAAGAACAACAUCAACUUCUUGAUGGGCUCCUGGUGGCCCAACCUGGAGGACCUGUACGAGAACAACGUUCCAGUGUACCGCUUCAUCCAGAGGCCCGGGGACCUGGUGUGGCUCAACACCGGCACCGUUCACUGGGUCCAGGCCAUCGGCUGGUGCAACAACAUCGCCUGGAACGUGGGACCCCUCACAGCCCAUCAGUACAAGCUGGCAGUGGAGCGCUACGAGUGGAACAAGCUGCAGAGCGUCAAGUCCAUCGUUCCCAUGAUCCACCUCUCCUGGAACAUGGCGAGGAACAUCAAAGUGUCGGACCACAAGCUCUUCGAGAUGAUCAAGUACUGCCUGCUGCGGACGCUGAAGCAAGUUCAGAUGCAGAGGGAGAUGCUGCAGGCUGCAGGGAAGGAGCUGGUGUGGCACGGCCGGACCCACAGUGAGCCGGCCCACUACUGCAGCAUCUGUGAAGUGGAGGUGUUCGACCUGCUGUUUGUGAGCAGCGAGAGCAACAGCAGGAAGACAUACGUGGUUCAGUGCCAGGACUGCGCCAGGCGGGCCAGCGCUGACCUGGACAGCUUCGUGGUUCUGGAGCAGUACAAGAUCGAGGACCUGAUGCAGGUUUACGACCAGUUCACACUGGCCAGCCCUCUGCCUUCCUCCUCUUGAUGGAGUCAUCAUCAUCUUCUUCUUCUGAGAACAUUACAGAACCAUAAUGGACCUCAGUGGAAACUCUCAGAACCCCCCUUCCCUUCCUUCUUCCCCCUUUCUUUUUUUUUCUUUUUCUGAUAUUCAGGAAGAAAGGCGGCAGUCCCUCCGACUGCGUCCUGUAGCUAUCCCAUAAGGCAGCUGUGUGAAAGCUGUGUGUCUAUGCAACCUGCCCCGAGCGGUGUGCCUCCCCCUGGUGGACUGGAGGGAUUGGGUUGGGGGACGGCAGCUCCUCCCAUCGUCACGACCAGACUGUUCUACUGCUUGGCCCAUCUGGACUUCGCCACAACUCAUCAAAUGAAAAUAACAAUAAUAGCAUAAAGUUUUGUACAUAUUCUGUUCGAACCAUCAACCUGGUCACCAGAGACUACUGAUCUGAUUGUUUUUUUUUGUUUGUUUGUUUUUACUGUUUUUUUUUGUUUGUUUUUUAUUCUGUUGCGGGCUGACACCAGAGCUCUGUGUGUGUGUGUGUGUGUGUGUGUGUGUGUGUGUGUGUGGUUAGCCUUUUACUACAUCAGACACCUCCUCGGUCAGGAAAACCAACAUACAUGUAAUGUGAAAUGUGACACGUUUUGUUUCUGCUCUCCUACUCACCCUCGAUACUUCUUGACUUUCUUAACGUGGAGGAAGAGAAUCUGAUUUACAACCAGCCAAGUCACAGGAAAAAAAGGGUUGCACACAAACUAGAGUGAACUUUAAUUUCUUUUUUCCUUUUUCUUUUUUUUUUUUUAUUUGGAUGUAAAUUUACACUAUUUAUAAAUUCAUAUUUAUUGCUUGAAAAUAUUUGUUGAUGGAAUGCUGUAAUUUUUCUCUAGAGUACCUGCCAUUAAAUUUGAGGGGAGCCCUGUGAUUUUUAAGCCCGGCCCCCCUUAUGUUUUCUAUAUAAAUAAACAGCUUAGUAAGCGUUGUACAGAGACCUUCCCUUGAAAUGGGUUUAUUGUUUGAAGGAUGUUUUAUGCGUCAAUAAACAAAGAAACAAAAUUUAUUUA